AUAAUGUGUGAAAACUUCAACCUCCUCUACUUCCUCCAUGAUUGCCGUCUGAAGAAAUGCAUCAUAAACAACCAUUGAGAGCCAGAAGGAGGAGGGGAUUAGUGCUGUCAAUCAUCCUUGUGAACUCGCUGCUAAAUCUGUUAUUCGUGGAGAAAUGAGGAGAAAGGAGAGGAGAACGAUCUUUUCCCAGAUGAUCUGACUGGAACCAAACAGUCACAACUUGGUGAAAACUUGAACAAACUAUGCCCAGAUGGCGCUGUCCACUCGCUCCACCGUGUUAUCUCUCUACAUCCGGGUGUUUCGGAUCGCCCGGGCCUGGCAGGCCCAGACCGGCGCCGUGAGCGACUCGGAGGCGGAGAGGCGGUACAUCGAGCAGGAGGCCCGGUCUCUGUUCAGGCAGAACCAGCAGCUCACAGAUCCAGAAUCCAUAAGGAGAUGCAUAGAGGAAUGUGAAGCGAGGAUAGAAAUAGGUCUGCAUUACAGGAAUCCGUACCCCAGAGCGACCUACCUGCCUCCUCUGGGUCUGGCCACGCAGCGGGGCAGGCGGCUGCGCGCUCAGCAGCGCCUCCGGAAGCAGGCAAAACCCGUCUACCUGCAGUCCCACGACGACACCUGAAGGCGCCGUCCCGGUUACCAUGGUUACCUCAGAGACGAAGCCGGAGUCCGCAUCAGGGGCCGAGCUUCUGGACGCUGGUACUGAUCCGAGAUCGGACGUCGUUCGGGAGAAAUAAACUUUAUUUUCCAGUCAAAAUGUUGGGAAAGUCCAAAUACUGUUUGAUGUUUUAUUCAUCAUUAUGUCUAAUUUAAUGAAUAAAGUGUCUGAAUGAUCAA